UGAGAAUUUGGGGAUUCCUGCUCCAGGUCCCGAAGCUCUUCUAGAGAUAAUGACAUAUGAGGAACUUCCGGCCUCCGAACGCUGGGGGGCACUGUAAUCUCUCAGUGACCUCUUGGAAACCGGAAUACAAGGCGCAAGCGCAGUCUCGGCUUUUAGCCGGCUUCACACGUGUAGAUCUUGUGGGUAAGUUUUUCGACAAAAAUGCCCAAAUUAAAGGUGACACGUGUUGCCAAAAAUCAGGAGAGGCAUGCACCUCUGGCCGACCAGAUUCUGGCUGGGGACGCAGUGCGCGCGGGGACCCGAGAAAAGCGGCGGGGACACGGGGUCGAAGAGGAGGAAGAGUAUGUGGGACCCCGGCUGAGCAGACGGAUUUUGCAGCAAGCCCGGCAGCAGCAGGAGGAGCUCGAGACUGAACAUGGGACAGGAGAUCGGCCAGCAAAACCGCGAGAGCGCGCCACGCGGCUGGGGCCGGGAGUGCCACAGGAUGGAUCAGAUGAAGAAGAUGAGGAAUGGCCUACCCUGGAGAAGGCGGCCAAAAUGACCGGGGUGGACCACCAGGCAGAGGUGGUCGUGGACCCUGAAGAUGAGCGUGCCAUUGAAAUGUUCAUGAACAAGAACCCUCCUGUCAGGCGCACCCUGGCCGACAUCAUUAUGGAGAAGCUGACUGAGAAGCAGACGGAGGUGGAGACUGUCAUGUCAGAGGUGUCGGGCUUCCCUAUGCCCCAGCUGGAUCCCCGGGUCCUGGAAGUCUACAGAGGAGUCCGGGAGGUAUUAUGUAAGUACCGCAGUGGGAAACUACCCAAGGCCUUUAAGAUCAUCCCUGCACUGUCCAACUGGGAGCAGAUCCUCUACAUCACUGAACCUGAGGCCUGGACUGCAGCCUCCAUGUAUCAAGCCACCAGGAUCUUUGCCUCUAACCUGAAGGAGCGCAUGGCUCAGCGCUUCUACAACCUUGUCCUGCUUCCCCGAGUCCGAGAUGACAUCGCUGAAUACAAACGACUCAACUUCCACCUCUACAUGGCUCUCAAGAAGGCCCUGUUCAAGCCCGGAGCCUGGUUCAAAGGAAUCCUGAUCCCGCUGUGUGAGUCCGGCACCUGUACUCUCCGAGAAGCCAUCAUCGUGGGCAGCAUCCUCACCAAGUGCUCCAUCCCUGUGCUGCACUCCAGUGCAGCCAUGCUGAAGAUAGCUGAGAUGGAAUACAGCGGGGCCAACAGCAUCUUCCUGCGCCUGCUGCUGGAUAAGAAGUAUGCAUUGCCCUACCGGGUGCUUGACGCUCUGGUCUUCCAUUUUCUUGCCUUCCGGACGGAGACGCGUCAGCUGCCCGUGCUCUGGCACCAGUGCCUGCUGACACUAGCACAGCGCUACAAGGCUGACCUGGCCACAGAGCAGAAGGAGGCCCUCCUGGAACUGCUUCGGCUGCAGCCCCACCCACAGCUGUCCCCUGAAAUCAGACGUGAGCUUCAGAGUGCAGUCCCCAGAGACGUGGAAGAUGUUGCUGUCACCAUGGAAUGAGAACAAUCACCUGUGUUGGUCCAGGAGGCAUGGGAGGACACCAGGACCCUGACUGGUGUAGUUAAAAGACAUAGGUCAAGACACUUAAGGGUGACUAUGGCAUCCGUGGCUCCAGUCCUGGGCAAGAGGACUGCAUCUGGUGACUUUCUUUGCCAUUUUAGGCUUUGGUCCCUGCUCACUUCUGGAAGUUAACUGGAGUUACCCCAAUUCAGCACUCCCACACCCCACCUGGCACUUGGUAUAAGGGGUGCUCUCUCCAGAUACUGUGAAAGCAUACUGGCGUGCGGAGAAAACAAAGGCGGUUGUUUAUUGCA